UUCCCUCGAAAAGUCGAAAUGACUCCCAAGUCCCACCCAAAUGCUCUCCCGUCUCCUCCCGCGCCGCCACCACCGUCACCUCCUCCAAACCCUACAACCGGCAGCCGCCUCUGCCGCAGCGCACGAAAUUCACCAGAGGCUGUGCUCUACCGCGGCGGCUUCCAGCCCGAGCCUAUCGAUAUGGCGGCGGAAGAAGGAGAUGGGGAAGGAGGGCCUCAUGGCCGUGGCGCAGCUCAAGCGGCUCGCGGCGCUGCCCCCAGCCGGAGGCCACCAGCGGCUGGAUCAGUACAUGAGGUUGCACGUGUCUCGGCUCCUACGCACUGACCUCCUCGCCGUUCUUGCUGAGUUGCUCCGCCAGGACCACGUGCUCCUCUCCAUGAAGAUAUAUGGUGUUGUGCGGAAAGAGAUCUGGUAUCGACCUGAUAUGUACUUCUAUCGAGACAUGCUACAUAUGCUAGCUAGGAACAAGAAGAUUGAUGAGACAAGGCAGGUCUGGGCAGAUCUGAAGUCUGAAGACGUGCUAUUUGAUCAGCACACUUAUGGUGAUAUCGUGAGAGUCUUCUGCGAUGCUGGCUUGAUUGAUCUGGCAAUGGAAUUUUACGAAGACAUGAGGAGCUCCCCAGAGCCACCUCUCUCCUUGCCAUUCCGGGUUAUACUGAAAGGCCUGAUUCCAUAUCCUGAACUGAGAGAGAAGAUAAAGCAUGAUUUUCUGGAACUUUUCCCUGAUAUGAUUGUGUAUGAUCCUCCAGAUAGCUUAUCAGAUAUAGAUGAGGAAUUCAGAUUUUGAUCCAAUAUACACACAUAGUAUCCAUUUAUGCUUGAGGUCUUCCUGAAGUUAUUAUCGAUGAUCUAAAUUGCUCA